AUAGCUAAUUGGAUUUUAUCCGUACAAUUUAUAUUGUAACAAUGUUAGAAAACUCUGUUUUGUUGUUUCUUUUAAUACCAUAGAGUAUAAUAAGAUAUACACGGAAGGAUGAAUUCCUUUAGGUUUUAAAUAAAGUUUUCUUUUAUUCUUUUUACGAGCUGUCAUGGCGUCGCCCAUGAACAGUGAUUCGGGCUGGUUUCUCGCCUUGGCUCUCGGAGUGUCUUUUAUCAAAUGUCUUUUAAUAAACGCGUACCACUCUACAGAUUUUGAAGUCCAUCGGAACUGGCUUGCCGUUACUCAUUCCAUGCCGGUUUCAAAGUGGUAUUAUGAGGCGACAUCUGAAUGGACACUAGAUUAUCCUCCCUUUUUUGCCUGGUUUGAAUAUGGACUGUCACAUGUUGCUGCAUACUUUGAUAAAGAGAUGCUGGUUGUGCGUAAUCUGAAUUACGCAAGCCCCGCCACAGUGUUGUUCCAGAGGCUUUCUGUUAUCGUGACUGAUGUGGUCUUCAUUUAUGCAAUUAAAGAGUUUAACAGUUGGAGCUGUGCUAUCUAUAGAUGUUGCAAAUGUUUACGAGAAGACAAAGGGAAGGAGCUGCUGUGGAAGCCCUCUUUCAUCCUAGCAACAUUGCUGUUGUGGAACUUUGGACUCAUCAUAGUUGAUCACAUUCAUUUCCAGUAUAAUGGGUUUCUCUUUGGUGUUCUUCUUUUAUCAGUUGCAAGACAUUUUCAGAGUAGACACUUAGAAGGUGCCCUACUGUUUUCUGUCCUUCUAAACCUGAAACACAUAUAUCUGUACAUUGCGCCUGCCUAUGGGGUCUUCCUGCUGAGGUGUUUCUGUUUCACUCAGAGUAAGACAGAUGGAUCAGUGCACUGGAAGAGUUUCAGCCCAUUCCGAUUUGUAGUGCUUGGAUCAAUUGUUCUGACAACAUUUGCAUUGUCGUUUGGACCCUUUAUUGCACUGGGUCAAAUUCCACAGGUCCUUUCCAGGCUCUUCCCUUUUAAGCGAGGACUAUGCCAUGCCUAUUGGGCACCCAAUGUCUGGGCCCUUUACAACAUAGUGGACAAAGUUCUUUCCAUGUUAGGUGUAAAGCUCGGGAUGCUUGACAUUAAUAAACUUCCCAAGGCAACAAUGACUGGUGGUCUGGUUCAAGAAUUCCAACACACUGUUCUUCCAUCUGUAUCUCCUUUAGUAACACUUAUUUGUACAUUACUGUCAAUCUUGCCUGCUUUGUUCCAUAUGUGGUAUAGACCUAGUGGAGGCAGAGGUUUCUUACGCUGCAUAGUUAUUUGUGCCCUCGGCUCUUUCAUGUUUGGUUGGCAUGUGCACGAGAAAGCCAUUUUGAUGGCAAUACUUCCUUUAAGUUGGCUUGCCGUAGAGCACAGGGAGGAUGCCAGGACUUUCCUGAUCCUCAGCACAACAGGCCAUUUUUCGCUUUUUCCACUGCUCUUUACAGCACAAGAACUGCCUAUCAAGAUUCUUCUUAUGUUGCUGUUUACGAUCUUCAGCUUCACUUCUCUAAAGAAGCUUUUCAGGGGUCGCUUGGUGAGUUCAGUGGAAGCCACAUAUCUCCUGGGCCUGAUUCCUCUGGCAGUCAUCUGUGAGUUGGUUUACCCGCUGACUCCCUGGCACCACACCUUGCCCUUCAUCCCCCUGCUCCUGACCUCCAUCUACUGUGCUCUAGGUGUGACCUACUCUUUUAUCAGACUCUACAUUUCACUGCUAACAGUACCAAGUACAACAAGCAAAGGUAAAUGUCAGUGAGGUUCAUGAUGUUUGGAGCUUGAAUGACUUGAAGCAAAGGGGUGUUUUGGUAAUGUGGAAUGACAAUUGAACUGACAGUUAAAUAACGUAAGAAUUUAUUCAUGCCUAUGAGACCAAAUAUAUUUCUGAAGUGAAUGGAGCCUGUGUAGCUCUCAAAGGGAAAUCAUUUCUAAGAAGUAGCUGAUUGGGAGGUCAAUAUUUAAUAGAUUUUUUUUUCUGGGGAGGUGUACAAUUUCCUAUUGCUUGUAGUAUUAUACAAAUAAAUUGUUUGGGUUUUUUUUACUUGUUAAAACUUCUCAUUCUGGUGUAAAUCUGGUUUCCAAUGUUUCAGUCAUUGUUUCCACAGUAAACUUAAACUAUUGUUAAAAAAAAAAAAAACAAGA